AUGGACAUGAUGUCGCUGAGUCCCCCUAGGGAGCGUCUCAUGAGUCUCGACUACCACAGGGCCGACACCAGAAGGACCCGGCUCGGCAGAAUGGAGCCUCGAAUCCACAACGCCGCCUUUGAGGAUCUCAUGGCGCACAAGAGCCACAGAGAAUACCGCUCAGGCCAUUCAACGAAGCAUUCUCGUUACUCUGAAGAGUAUGAAGCCGUUGAUCACGACUCCUCAUCACAUCGUUCGUCACGUGAACUCGAUUCCGUCCUAGUUCAGCCAUCAGUAUCCUCAAGAGGUGUCAGAAGCCAGGACUUGGCUAGGGAGUCCAGAAAGUCCAGAAAACACCAUCUCCCCUCCCCUCCCCCAGAUGAGUCUCAUCGGUAUCGUCGUGGCCAGGUAGAGUCUUUCUCCAGUGCCUCCAGAGCAGAGAGAAGUCGCGACCUCCGGGGGUUUGGCGCUUGGUGCGAUCCAAUCGUAGUGCCACAGCAGGAACUUUUUGCUGAAGACCCUUAUGACAAGGAAGAGAUUGCUCAGAGCAGGAGAUCAAACAGAUCCAAUGCUCCCAGCACACCACGGGAUCGGCUGUUGCCCAUGCCCGAGCUCUCGCCCAUGCCAACCCACUUUGAAUUCUGUCCUUGUUGCAUUCAAGAGGAAGGCAGAAUCAAUGAAACGUGGCAUAUGGCAGGACAUGAGAAGAUGGACACUCAAUUGGAGUAUGCAAUUGCAUACAUUGAGCGAAUGAGGUUCAAGCAGUAG